GCCGCCAAGAUGGAGGCGCCUCCCGUUACCAUGAUGCCCGUUACGGGCGGCACCAUCAACAUGAUGGAGUACCUGCUGCAAGGGAGCGUUUUGGACCAGAGCCUGGAGAGCCUGCUGCACCGCCUGCGCGGGCUGUGCGACAACAUGGAGCCGGAGACCUUCCUGGACCACGAGAUGGUGUUCCUGCUGAAGGGGCAGCAGGCCAGCCCCUUCGUGCUGCGGGCGCGGCGCUCCAUGGACAAGAGCGGCAUGCCGUGGCACCUGCGCUACCUGGGCCAGCCGGAGAUCGGAGACAAAAACCGGCACGCGUUGGUGCGCAACUGUGUGGACAUCGCGACUUCGGAUAACCUGACGGACUUCCUGGUGGAGAUGGGCUUCCGCAUGGAUCACGAGUUCGUGGCCAAGGGGCACGUGUUCCGCAAGGGGAUCAUGAAGAUUGUGGUGUACAAGAUCUUCCGCAUCCUGAUGCCCGGCAACACGGAUAGCAUUGAGCCUCUCUCCCUCUCCUACCUUGUAGAGCUUAACGUUGUCGCUCCGGCGGGACAGGACAUAGUUUCUGAUGAUAUGAGGAACUUUGCAGAGCAGCUGAAGCCCCUAGUGCAUCUGGAAAAGAUCGACCCUAAAAGGUUAAUGUGAUGGAAAGCUGGGCAGCUCGAGCAGUGCUGUCGCAGAUAGUCUGUUAGGAACUAACCUUUGUUCAAAUCAUUCUGUGUGUAUCUUCAGAUGUAGAAAAUGUGUGCAGUCAGCAUGUUCGCAUUUGAAAGUGCUAGCGUGAUUAAGUAGAAUCAUAGAAUUAUGGAGUCUUUGAAGAUGGGAGCGCCUUGAAAAAGCAUGUAUUAACUGGCUUGACUUAGCAUAGCCUUGCUGUAGCCAACAGGGAGUGUGGGGACUGGUUGGACUCCAGUGCACACGGAAGUUUUGUUCAGGGACUCCACUCGUUCAUGUCCCCUGCUGGAGCAGUAGCAGCAUUAAAGUGCAACACUUAAAAAUAGAGGAGAUAUUGACUUUAUGGUGUCGGGGAGGGAGGGGUAAGAGGCUUUGAUGUACUGGUUUUGUUUUGUUUGAUGAUCAGGCAGCAUUUGGUAUUCGGUUAUGCACGUAAGAGCAGAGUGUAUGUGAUUUUUGAUAAAAACUUUUGUUGGAAGUAUGAGGAUCGCCCCCUUGUCUGAGAUUCCGCCCGCCUGUGGGGAAGAAAGUGAAAUGUUAUGGUAUGCAGUGGUGGCUGGUCUAUAAAUCGUAUGGGGAAAAGUGGCCAGAAACGGAAACCUUGAAAGUGAAAGAUAAAAUCCUUUUAAUACUAUUUAAAUGUGAGUUUGGAAGUAAGAUUUAACUCAUGAAUUUUUGUGUAUGUCAGGAUGCAUUUGUUAUAAAAUGGUUAUUAUACUAGACAGAAAUACAAGUUGAUGAUGGAAAUGAA